AUGGCACCUGAUCUCUCCGGAGUCCACAGUUCCUCCCAGACGCCAACAGAACCCUGGUCCGAGGAAAAGGUGCCUACGCCAUGCAAAAAAAAAGCCAAGACGAUCGCUGCCUCUGCCAACAAAAACACAUCCAAGAGCACGGUGCGUCUUCUGUGCGUAACGAAUAAAAAAGGUGUCUCCACGGCGUGUUUGGCGUCGGCUUCCCCCGGGGUUGAAGAGCGAGUGUGGAGGGGGCGCGGAGGUGAGAGAAAUCCGGUGAGGUGUCCCGGAGCUCUGGAGGAAGGCAGGAGUUCGGGGGAAAUGUGUUUAAAGCUGCUGCGCCUUCACGACCCUCUCUCUGCUCAGCUGUCAUCCACCUCCUCCUCCUCUGUGCGUAAAGACAGUGUGGAAGGAGCAGAGCGCAUCCGGUUGGAGCUGAGAGAAUAA